UUGGCCUGACCUGAUGAAUGCAAGUUAGAGUCUGUGAAAAUGACUCACCGUUGGCACCGUUUAUUUCCACUCGUCUGUCUCAUGAUAGUGUGUUUUGUUUACUCCGCUGACUGUGAAUUCCGCUCCUUGUCGCAUCUAAGACCGAACGCGAGCGAUAAAACUCAAACCAGAGCUGUGGCGGACCUCUUAAAGCGGCUUUUAGGGAGCAGGUCCAGAGAUUUCAUUGUAUCCGUCAACCGUACGUUGUCUAAUGACAGUCUGGACGUCUGUGAGCUCCGGUCAGCGAAAAACAACAAGAUCAUAGCCGUUGGGAGCACGGGGGUAGCAGUUGCAACAGGGAUAUACAACUAUCUGAAGUACUUCUGCAACUGUCAUGUCUCUUGGUCUGGAGAUCAACUAAAUGUUCCUCAUCCCUUGCCUCGGCUCACCGGUGUUCUGCGAAUCAACACACAGCACAGGUUCAGAUACUAUCAGAAUGUGUGCACUCAGAGCUACUCUACCGUGUGGUGGGACUGGCCCAGAUGGCAAAGGGAGAUAGACUGGAUGGCACUGAAUGGCAUUAACCUCCCCCUGGCAUUCACUGGACAAGAGGCACUAUGGCAGGAGGUGUACCUGUCUCUGGGGCUGAAUCAGACAGAGCUGGAUGACUUUUUCACAGGCCCAGCCUUCCUGGCGUGGAACCGGAUGGGGAACCUGUUUAAGUGGGGCGGGCCUUUGCCCCAGUCAUGGCACACCAAACAGCUCUACCUUCAGUUUAAAAUUCUGGAUCGAAUGAGAGCUUUUGGAAUGAUCCCCGUGCUCCCAGCUUUCUCAGGGAUUGUGCCAGAGGGAAUUACCAGAUUGUUUCCACAGGCAAACGUCACCAAACUCAGUGCCUGGAGCCAUUUUAACUGCAGCCUGUCCUGUGCGUACGUGCUGGAUCCCAGGGACCCUCUCUUCAUGCGCAUUGGUGGCCUCUUCCUCUCCCAGCUCGUUAAGGAGUUUGGAACAGAUCACAUCUACAACACAGACACCUUUAAUGAAAUGAGACCGGCCUCCUCUGACCCUGCCUACCUCUCUGCCGUCAGCCGCGCUGUGUUUGCCUCCAUGACCUCAGUGGAUCCUGAGGCAAUUUGGCUAAUGCAAGGCUGGUUGUUUGUUCAUGAUUCUGCGUUCUGGAGGCCAGCCCAGAUUCAGGCCCUGCUCCAUGGAGUCCCUCUGGGUAGGAUGAUUGUCCUGGAUCUGUUUGCCGAGUCCAUGCCUGUGUUUAACUUCACACGGUCCUUCUAUGGCCAGCCUUUCAUUUGGUGCAUGCUGCAUAACUUUGGAGGGAACAGUGGCCUGUUCGGAACAGUGGAGAGGGUAAACCAGGGGCCUUUUGAGGCUCUGCGCUUUCCAAACUCCACCCUGGUGGGUUUGGGUAUGGCACCUGAGGGUAUAGAGCAGAACCCCGUGGUGUACGAACUGAUGAGUGAGCUUGCUUGGCGUAAGGAGCCGGUCAACCUCGCCAAGUGGGUGUCGCUGUAUGCCUCACGUCGCUAUGGCAACAUGGGCGAGAGGCUGACGGUGGCUUGGCGACUGUUGUUCCGCAGCAUGUAUAAUUGCACAGUCCCUGGGUACAAGAACCAUAACCGCAGUCCGCUGGUGCACCGGCCGUCUCUGCGCAUGGCCACGGAUGUGUGGUACAACCGCAGUGACCUGUACGAAGCUUGGCGGCUCCUCUUUGAGGCCGCCCCCGCGCUGGUCGCCAUGGAAACUUUCCGGUACGAUCUGGUGGACGUGACGAGGCAAGCCCUUCAGCUCUUGACCACAGAGUUCUACCAGGAGAUCCGAGACGCCUUUCAGGCUCAGAAGCUUCCAGAACUUCUGACAGCUGGCGGCGUGCUAGUGUAUGACCUCCUGCCUGAGCUGGACCGCCUCCUGUCCAGUGACGCCCACUUCCUGUUGGGGGCGUGGCUAGAGCGGGCAAGGUCACUAGGUGUGGACGAACGAGAGGCGGAGCUGUACGACAUGAACGCCCGAAACCAGCUGACGCUGUGGGGGCCGGAUGGCAACAUUCUGGACUAUGCCAGCAAAGAGUGGGCGGGGCUUGUAGGGGACUACUACUCCCAGCGUUGGGGCCUGUUUGUGAACACUCUGGUGGAAUGCCUGGAUCGCGGUCGCCCCUUCAGACAAGAUGCUUUCAAUCAGGCUGUGUUCCAGUUGGAGAAAGGCUUCAUCUACAAUCAGAGGAAGUACCCAUCCAAACCGUAUGGGGACACUUACGAAAUUACCCGGAGAAUUUUUCUCAAGUAUUACCCUCAAGCUACGAAGAGUUUACAGUCAGACUGGGUAUGACUUAUCCAAUCUCAUCACAAAAAAAAAAAAAAAAGAGUCUACAUUAAGACUUCACAGAGUAUAACAAAGACUUCAUAGAGCAUACAUAAAACCCAGCUGAGGGAACAUUUGAGUGUGAGUUGUCUGCCAAAACUGUGAAAGAUUUCUCUGAUCCUUUUUCUUUUCCCAGACCCAUGAGACAUGAGAGAGAAAAGUUUUACUGUUUUGUUUAAACUACACUCUCUUAUUUAACAUCAGUCAAAGCAAUGGAGACAAGGAGGCAAAAGAUUCUUUAUCAUGUAGGGAACUUGCCCCUUCUGUGUCACACAGGGGUUGUGAUUGCUCUAAUGAGUGUUCUGAGGUUUUUAAUAUAUGAAUUAUGUAAGCUUUAUGUGUGCUCUAUGUUGGCUUUUCUGGUUGUAACCAGGGUGUGUCUCUGGGAGUCUUCUGAUUGGUGGCAGAAAUGUAAAAUUCACCAGAGCAGACGCAGCCAGCCGAUUACUUGAUUAGAGCUGCAGAAUCAGGAGAAUUUUAAAUCAGUUUUAGCACGGGAGUUUUAAUUAGGAGUUAUGUAAAUCUACAGACGACUGAAUCCUAUGGAAAUCAGUUUAUAACACUCAGAAGGAGAUGCUGAAGCAUACAUGCACUAAUUUUGCAAAAGAAAAGAAAAAUGUCUUAUUCAGUAUUGUAAAUAAACAGAGCAAUGUUCAUGUUAAAUACUAAAACAUGCAGUAAGUCACUAGACUAGCAGUGGAGGAACACUGAGAGAAGAUAUCUUUUAAGGCUGUGGUCAUUUGGCGGCUGUACACACAUGUAAUGCACAUGCGUGUUUUGCGUUGUCAAAAGACAGGUUUUAUUAAGAGGAGCACUAUAAAAUGCACACUACACUCUGUAAUGUUUCAAUUCAAUUCAUUUUGCUCCAAUCCUAAUAACUCAGACCAGGUUUAGUUGAUCCACAUCCUAAAUAAGAACAUAAUCAGGUGGGUUAGGUUACAGUUGCAAUAGAAUCCACUGUGUGUGUAGCUGUCAAAACAAGUUAUGGUUGUAAUAAAGUCCAUUAUGUGUGUAGCUGUCAAAAAAAGACUGCCUAUCUGUGGUUCAAAGAUGAAGACGGAAUGACAGCAAAGAUUUGAUGAAUGAUGGUAUUUCUGUAAGAAUUCAUGUCUUGAUUUUUUUUUUUUUCUUAACCAUGCCUUUAGCUGUCCCUGAAGAUACACCAG